AGUCAAUUAUAACAAAUGUACGGGAUAUAUAAUGAAAUCAAUAACAACGCGGUAUUAUUAUUAAAUCUCAACUGUUAUAACAGCACGUAGAGGGCGAUGGUAACACGUGCGAUUAUUUAAUUUACGCUCCGCUCCGGAGUUUGAAUCCUACAACAACCGCGCUGGGCCGAGAGUGGCGCUCGCUAGCCGGAUCCGGUGGCUUUCGCAGAUCCCCGACUGUUCGGGCAGCUGGCGAACGACCGCGUAUAAUCGGGAACUUCUCUUGGGGGGAGCUUCCUUCCGCUCUCGUCCACCGCUCAGGGAUUUCAUCCACCCACAUUGACUCCACUGGAACCUGUGCUCGCCAUGCUCACCCUGCCCACUUAGCGAUGACAACCGACUGCAUCGUCACCGCGAUUGAGGACUCGUUCACUGAUUGUGUGACGCCUGCGGAGCUGCUGGAGACUUACGCCCGACCGCUGCUGGUAGUCGGGGUGGUGGGGGUUGACCCCCUUUUCUUCUCGGAGUUGACCCACGGCCCCACACGUAGUUGACCCGACUAAAGGUUGACUGCUUUCCGGAGUUGAUCCUGCUGGAGUUGACCCCCCCCCCCCCUCUCUCGGAGUUGACUGUCUUCUUGGAGUUGACACCUGCCAAGGUUGACCUCUCUCGUUGGAGUGGACCCUCUUGUGUAGUUGACCUAGUCACGCUUGACACCUUUAGGGGUUAACACCGCUUAUGGUUGACCCUUUUUUGAAGUUUACCUCUCGGGGUUGACCCCUUUCAGGUUGUGACCCCGUCUUGGAGUUGACCCCCAUCAUCAGGGUUGACCACUCAGGGUUGACUAAUCUCUUGAGUUGACCCCUUCUUGAAGUUGACCUGUAUCAGGGUUCAACCCGUCUUGGAGUUGACCCCCAUAAUCAAGUCUGACCACUCAGGGUUGACUAAUCUCUUGAGUUGACCCCUUCUUGAAGUUGACCUGUAUCAGGGUUCAACCCGUCUUGGAGUUGACCCCCAUAAUCAAGUCUGACCACUCAGGGUUGACUAAUCUCUUGAGUUGAUCCCUUCUUCAAGUUGACCUGUAUCAGGGUUCAACCCGUCUUGGAGUUUACCCCCAUCAUCAUCAUCAAGUCUGACCACUCAGGGUUGACUCAUCCCUUGAGUGGGCCCCCUCCUUGGAGUUGACCCCCAUCAUCAUCAUCAUCAAGUCUGACCAUUCAGGGUUGACUCAUCGCUUGCGUGGGCCCCCUCCUUGGAGUUGACCCCCAUCAUCAUCAUCAUCAAGUCUGACCACUCAGGAUUGACUCAUCGCUUGCGUGGGCCCCCUCCUUGGAGUUGACCCCCAUCAUCAUCAAGUCUGACCACUCAGGAUUGACUCAUCGCUUGAGUGGGCCCCCUCCUUGGAGUUGACCCCCAUCAUCAUCAAGUCUGACCACUCAGGGUUGACUCAUCCCUUGAGUGGGCCCCCUCCUUGGAGUUGACCCCCAUCAUCAUCAUCAUCAAGUCUGACCACUCAGGAUUGACUCAUCGCUUGCGUGGGCCCCCUCCUUGGAGUUGACCCCCAUCAUCAUCAUCAAGUCUGACCACUCAGGGUUGACUCAUCCCUUGAGUGGGCCCCCUCCUUGGAGUUGACCCCCAUCAUCAUCAUCAUCAAGUCUGACCACUCAGGAUUGACUCAUCGCUUGAGUGGGCCCCCUCCUUGGAGUUGACCCCCAUCAUCAUCAUCAAGUCUGACCAUUCAGGAUUGACUCAUCGUUUGCGUGGGCCCCCUCCUUGGAGUUGACCCCCAUCAUCAUCAAGUCUGACCACUCAGGAUUGACUCAUCGCUUGCGUGGGCCCCCUCCUUGGAGUUGACCCCCAUCAUCAUCAAGUCUGACCACUCAGGAUUGACUCAUCGCUUGAGUGGCCCCCCCUUGGAGUUGACCCCCAUCAUCAUCAUCAAGUCUGACCAUUCAGGGUUGACUCAUCGCUUGCGUGGGCCCCCUCCUUGGAGUUGACCCCCAUCAUCAUCAAGUCUGACCACUCAGGAUUGACUCAUCGCUUGAGUGGGCCCCCUCCUUGGAGUUGACCCCCAUCAUCAUCAUCAAGUCUGACCAUUCAGGAUUGACUCAUCGCUUGAGUGGGCCCCCUCCUUGGAGUUGACCCCCAUCAUCAUCAUCAUCAAGUCUGACCACUCAGGAUUGACUCAUCGCUUGCGUGGGCCCCCUCCUUGGAGUUGACCCCCAUCGUCAUCAGGAUUGACCUCCUCCUGGAGCCAUGCGCCACCACCUCCGUGCCGUGUGUCUGUGCGCGGUGGCCCUGGCUCUGUGUGUGGCCGUGGCCCAGGCGUCGCUCGGAGACCGGCAGCCCCACUAUGCGCAGUGCGUGAAGCGGUGCUCGAGGAGCAACUGCACGGGCCACGUGCGGCCCUUUUACAUGCCCUACACAGGCUGGCUGUGUGAGGAUGAGUGCAGAUACACGUGCAUGUGGGACACUGUUGCAUUAUUCCUCAAAGAAGGUCGCAAUCCACAGUUCCACGGAAAGUGGCCAUUUGUUCGGCUAUUGUGUAUUCAGGAGCCCCUGUCUGCAUUGGCUUCACUGCUCAAUGGGCUCUCGUAUUACGCAGCAAUGGUUAUGUACCGCAAAAAAAUACCGUCCACGGCACCCAUCUACCAAACGGUCAUCGCUUUUUCUCUGAUUGGAAUGAACACUUGGCUUUGGUCAACAGUGUUUCACUGCAAAGAUACACCUUGGACCGAGAAAAUGGAUUACUUCUCUGCAACUUCACUCAUCCUUUAUUCCAUCUACUUCUGCUGUAUAAGGACGGUGGGACAGCGGCAUCCGGGUGCGGCGUCUGUCUUCGGAGCAGUCCUCGUGUCGUUCUUCGCCUAUCACGUCUGGUACAUGGGCUUCGUCCGCUUCGACUAUGGCUACAACAUCAUCGCCAAUGCUACCAUAGGUCUGGUGAACCUGCUGUGGUGGUUGGGCUGGUGCUUGCGAGGCCACCGUGAGCGGCCAUACGUGUGGCGCUGCGCCGCCGUCGUGAUCUGCCUGCACGGCCUGGCGCUGCUUGAGCUGCUCGACUUCCCACCGCUGCUUUGGACCUUGGAUGCGCACGCGCUGUGGCACAUCGGCACCAUCCCCCUGCCCUUGGUCUUCUACAGGUUUCUUAUCGAGGACAGUUUGUAUCUUCUGAAGGAACAGGAGCUCAAGAAGAUCUAUUGAUGGGUGGAGAAAAGAGAAUAGGCUGCUUUAUCUACUCUUAGCCGUGCCAAAUAACACACACUAAGAUUUCUUUGUGUGUUUUUUUUUUCUUCUGAAUUUGCCACGUUAUUGGGUAAGGAACUGACGAGUGUCAUGCUGGUGUUUACGAUCAAACUAUCCGGGGUGAAUCGCAGAAUGUUGUCUUAAACACUGUAGCCUUUAAGCCACUGUUUUCAAAGGCAGUUGUUGUGCUCUUAUGGAGAGUUUCUCGAGCUUUGUGUUAAGGACAACACUUGUACUUUUAUAUAUGCCAAUGCAGCACUGAUUACGUCAGCUCUUUAAGUUUUGAUAAAUUCUUGAUUCAUGGGACAUGUUAAGGAAUCUCACAAAAAUACAGAUUCCUAUUGAUGUGGUGUAUUUUGUAAGCUGUUUCAAUGUGCCUCUAUGAUUCGGGGUGUCUUAUGAGCAGUGUGAUGUGUUUCUAACUUUUAUAUUGACUUGUAUUUUUUGAGGCCUUUACUGCUUUGAAUUAUAAGGUGACUGAGGUGUACACAUUUGUGGAGUUGUAGUAAAAAAUGAGGAGCUAUUAAGGCACAUA